AUGCGCUUCGCAAAAACCAUCAAGCAAAUCCAGGGCCUACAAGCCUACCAUGCCGGUGAUAAGCUCAACGUCGAGGUCGACAUCGUCCUCGACGCCAGCACUCCAUUGAAAGACAGCCACGACCUGAGCGAAAGCUUGCAAUACGUUCUGGAGUCGGUCCCCAUUGUUGACAGAGCGUUUGUCCAUGUCGACUACGCAACGUAUAAUCUUCCCACACACAUGCAGCAACAAGGGUCUUCCUAAGCUAUGACGAGACCUGGGGGUUACGUAUAACCAAGAGCGUUUAGCAGCUUGGUGGGUGAGUGCAUGGACAAUCUAAACACAUGAAUGUAAAAGCACAUGAAUGUGGGUGGGCCAUGCAGAUUGCUCUUGACCCAAACCCACUCGGAUUUAUUCAGAGAUACCCAGUACAUACACCACCGACUUUGUUUGUUUGUCUAGCGUGUACUUCUGGUGGAGGAUUUCCAGAUCGUACCGAGAUGCUAAGACCACGGAUUUCUAGGGUUGAAUCGAGCUAUUUUUCACUAACCAGGGCCUUUUUCGAAUUUAUCUUUUUGACUGUGUGAUCGUUGAGAGAUAAAUUACUCGACUGGCGAUAUUGGCCUUGGCUGUGCCGCGCUAGACAAACAAACAGGGUUCAGUGGUGUAAAGCGGAAGACGAAUCAUAGAUACUGCCAAG